CAUGAUAGCUUUGUGUGCUCAAAGUUAAACCGUUAAUAAUAAAAUAAAAAUUAAUAAAUCAUGUUAAUUUUUUUCCUGAGCUAUGACGCAACACAAUAUAAAAAAUAUGCUAAUAUCAGCUGAGAGACGCCGCCGCGAAUAUACACGGCCUGCAAUUAUUAUUUAUAAUCCCCCCACUGUAAAAAAAAGCGCGUGUGUGUGCCUUAAUUUAGACGAGACGCGUCUCUUCCAACAUAGUCUGCUCAAGAACCUUGAGCUGCUUUAACAUUGUGCUGAAUUUGGCCAGUCUAAAUAAUGAAACCAUCUUUGCCGAAAAUUGCGAAUUUUACCGGGUUUUACUUUUUGUUCCUUGUUACUUUUGGAAAGUGUGAGCAGAUUUGCCGCGAUGGAGAACCGCAGCUUCGGAUCUCAAAGGCGGAUGUUGAGGUGAAGGACGGAAUCAUUCUUUACGAAAAUCACGCGUUUAAGCCUGGAGAUUACGAGGUUGUGGGUGAUUUUUACGUCAUUUGUCCCUGCAACGUCAAGUAUUGCGUGAAGACCUGCACCGACUUAGAAAACGGAGAAUAUUUUCCACCAGAUAAGAAUUUCAAAGUUGACGUUUUGACGAAAGAUGGCCAAACUAAAACCGUCGAUUUCUACAGCCACUUCUACCCAUUCAUCGACACUCGCGAUUGCAAUAACAACUGGGAAGAUAUUACAGAAAAUGAUUAUGUCUUAUUAGAGAACGGAAGCCUGGCACAUUCUUUGCAUCAAGAUUUAUAUUUGGAAUACAAAUACUCAGGAUACUGUUUUGCUCAGGACAAUGAAGGGGAGAGCAAGAAGAUUGUUUGCGUCGCAGAUAUCACUGAUUCGGAAGGAAGCGGAAUUUUCUAUAUCAACCUGAUACAUAUUUUAACUGCGUUCUCUGCAAUUUUCCUGCUCAUCACAGCAAUAGCGAUUGUGGCAUCAAAGGAGAGAAAAUCCAAUUUGGGCAAACUCGCCGUUUGCUUUUCACUCACCAAUGUGGUUUCCUACUUGAUUUUCAUUUAUUAUUACUUUGUGAAGCCAGAAAAUUUCACCUACAGCAAAGGGAUUUGCAACAUUUUAGCAAUUACGGUUUAUGUUUCAAAACUCAGUUCGUACUUUUGGCUCAACUCGAUGUGCUUUGAAAAUUUCCGGCUUUCCAAGUGUUCCCGUGAACCUGAAACCUCCAGAUUUUUCAUCUUUUCAUCACUUUACUCCACCUUGAUGCCUUUUAUAGUUAUCCUUAUAUUUUGGGAACCAUCGCACGUUUUGUGGUAUUUUUUCAAAGUUGAUUUUAACGUAUCAAUCAACGAAAUUACUUGCUACAUUCAAGAUAUUGCAAUGGAAUUGAUCGUUCUUCACUGUCCCAUUUUUAUUGUGUCAAUCUCAAGUUUGAUCAUCUUGGUCGCAACAUUGAUUAGACAUUUAAAUUUGGGGCGAGACAAGGACUUCAGCUGGUUUGCAAUUUGCGUGCUGCUAUUUAUCAUCAUGGUGAUUCCAGUAAUAGUGGAUUGCGGCGUAUUUUUGCUAAUGAAUGAAAGCGACACCUCCAUCGUAGCGAUCAUUUUAUAUAAUUUGAGUUCACUUUGUGGGAUCCUCGUUUUCUUGGUUUUUUUCACUUUCAAUGAAAAUUUCAGGAAAAGCCUGUUUUGUUGCAGAAAAGCUGCUCAACCGUACAAUGAAGCAGAACUACGCUAGCAAAAUAUAUAUAGCACAACAGAUAAUGAAAACUGUGCAAAAUUAAAUAUAAAAGGAUUAUAUUAUAAAUAUCCAUUGCUGGUUCUUGACUAGAAUACGCCUUGUAUUUCUAGUUUUUGUCAUUUGCAAUGGAAAUGUAAGGGAAACUGUAUUUUGUCGAGGAUGGACUAUUCAACGAGACUCCUCAUAGAACUUUGGAAAUUUUCUAAAAUACUAACCAAUGUUCUACUCAAGCCAAAUUUUUGGAACUGUAAAUCUCUGAAGAAAAAUUAUAUUAUGUUUUAAACUUUUUUGUAUAAAUUCUAAUCUAUUUUUAUUUAUUAUAUUAAAAAUGUACUUUUAGUAA